AUGUACUCGGCAACACCAGGGUCGGGCCUACCUGUUACAGGGGCCGUUGGCGGGAGAACAGGGGCAGGAUUACCCGUUACAGGGUUACCAGGCGGAAUUACUGGGGGCAGCGCCACUGGGAGCACCAGCAGCACCAGCAGCAGCAGCGGCAUCACCGGAGGUAGCGCCGCGUUUGCCGCUCCCUCCUCGUCCCUGCACCUCUCCCCGCCUUUUCCGCGCCCUAAUGUCUCUGCAGCCAACACCAGCACUGCCAUCAGCAUCACUACUGGCACCGGUGGCGGCGCGGCCAGCUCUUCUUCAGUCGUCGAGGACCAAGGCGGCGGAACCGCGACAGUUGCAUCGGGUUUCUCUCCGCAUGUCUUCAACAUCCCGUCGGGCGGCGCGGCGGUGGCGGAGGGACGUCCACUCUUCUACUGGUUUCCGCCAGACGAGGAGGAUUACGAAACCCCCCCCGGGACCACCUGGGUGGAGCUGGUAGCUCUCUCUAUCCUACUCCUCGGCGCUGCUGCUGCCCUCCGCUCCGCCUUCCCCCGGGGAGGGGCGGCAGCAGCGGCGGCAGCAGCAGCUGGAGCGGGGAUGGGGUAUGCGUCUGGCCCUCGGCCGUUCAGGCUAAGAGGCACAGGAGGCACGGGGAACUAUUCUGCUCUGGAUAAGAAGUUUGCGUCUAGUGGGGGCGGCAGCUGGGAGUAUCUUGGUACAGUCGUAGCGGCAGGGGCGGCGGGAGAGGGAUCAGCAACAACGGCAGUGGUUCCGGUGGUGAUGAUGGUGGUAGUGGCACUGGUGCAGCCGGUGAGAGAGACAGAGACCGGGAGGGUGGUUCGGAUAGUGGAGGUGGGGAGGGGUCCUCCACAGCUGCUGCCGGACCUGCAGGUGCGGCAGGGUCUUUCGUCUCGUAGCGCCUCCCGGGCGGCAUCUGGGUGGGGAUACACGUGUAUGCCAACGGGGACCG